AUGCAGCACGAAGCCUUUACAAAUCAGUCGGCUUUACCAAACGACAUAAAGGAAAACUAUGACUUGGCAGAUGGCUCCUCAAUAUUUUCCGAUAUUACGUCAUUGGAGACUGACGUUUCAUCCUUCACUGAUGGUCUGGGAUCCCAUCAAAUUAAUAAGGAUGAUCUCGCUUCGAUUUCUCCAGACUUGGGUUUUUUCUCUUCAAUCGCAUCUAGCGGAGAAACCCCCACAUUGAUUGAGCAGAAGGCAGCAUCUGAUGGGCAUGACGCGCCUGUUCCCAUGAAACGACAUCGUCGAAUAAAUGAGCCCAAGGAACUUCAACCGAAUUUCGACUCGGUCAAGUUUGAGUGCUGCAUGUGGGUGCCCGUUGAGGACGUGGCGAGAAUCUUCGCGAGUUCGAAGGACCGCCGAAUAGAAUCGAUUGCACGAGCGUGUGACUGUCAGUUUCUGAUUACCGACACUCACCGAUUGAGCACAACGCUCGGCGUCAAACAACUUGUCCACAUUUUCUCCAACUCACGAGCUGACCUAGAAAAGUGUAGGAAUAUACUUGACGAAAAGUUCCCCGGUUUUUACGCCAAGGCAUCAGAUAUAAUCGACCGACUACAUUGUUCCGAUGAAUAA